UCGGUAAACUCGGUGGUAUACGCACGUAUCACGACGGGUAAUCGCGAGUUAAGUUUAGUUCGUAUCAAGCAUUAAUUAACGGUAAAGUUCGCGACAAGCACGAUGACGAGGCGAAAAAGUGUGUGUUUAAAGUGGACUUUAGUUUUAUUAGUAGUUGUAGUUUGUCCGUCUGUGUACACGCGACCUCAAGAAAUUACACCUACAGAAGCAGCUACUAAGACAGAUUAUGAAAACCGUUCAUAUUCACCAAGGAGCAGCACCAGGGAACCAGUUACUGACCAAGAUGCUAAGCCAUCAUCAACGAAGCCUGAAGAGUCAUCCCGCGAUGUCAAAACAAAAGCUCCCAUACGAGACUCUAUUGAAAUGGUUGCGAUACAACUCUUGGAUAAACCAAAUAAUACUGCAGACGCACAGGUCGUUUCAGAUACAAGAAUACCACCCAAACUAAAGACUCAAGUCAAACAUAGAAUCAAAACAAGAAAUGAGAAUGGAGAAGAACUUGAAAAUGCUCAUCCAGGAGUAGCAGUUCCUGUCACAAUGGAAGAGUUGGAUACAGAGAACAAUAUAAGCGAGGUACGGACUGAAUCUUCGACAUCCAACGAAGGUAUUUCUACUUGGAUUUCACUGAGCAAUUCAGUGAAAGAGAAUCUGACUACCGAGUCUUCAAAAGUUGAGGAAAUCACCAAGAAACCCAAACCUGCCGUUAAUAAGAACAAACCAAAACGUCCUGCAAAUAACAAAGUAGGGAAACGACCUAUCAUUGGCAGUACUAACAAAGCUGAUUUAGUAGCAAGUGGGUCGGCUAUCAACGAGAAUGUUUACAACAAAAUUAAAGACACAGUUUUGUCUAACGUACAAAAGAAUAAGAAUACUUCAGCUCGUCCUAGUUCUACGAGUACCACCACCACAACUACUACCACGACAACUACGACGACAGAAACUCCGACAACGAAGAAAGAAACCAGACCUCCAACCUUAACACCAGUCAUCGCAGUCACUUCCAAACCUAAAAAGAAGAAUAAGAACAAACAGAAAACUACCACCACUCCAGCAAGCCCAAUCAUCGGCGAAUCUGCCUUACUGCCUACUGAAGCUAAAGAACAAGAAAUUGAACUCGAAGUUAGCACACCAGCUACCACAACUAAGAAGCCCAAAAGAAGUUCCACUAGGAAGAAGAACAAGACUAAGAAACGUAAAACAACUACUCCAAAACCUACUACAGAAGUAGCUAUUUCUGAUGUCAAAACAGCAAAUAAGACAAAAACUAACAAAAAUGCUAAGAAACCAGCACCUGCAGCUACUGGUGCUAUUACAACGCAGAUUUACAACUAUUUGUCGAGAGAAGUGAUGCCAUCUGUAGGAGUAGGUAUGUUAGGUCUUGCUAGUUUAGUAGGCAUAGCUGGGUAUUUCUUAUAUCCAUUUGCAACACCAGUCCGCAGAACCUUUGAAGUAGAUAAGAGCGAUGAUAUAUACAGGAACAACGCCGAAGAGUAUGCGAACGAUGGCAACGGACAGGCAGAGGAAGAAAUGCUGGGAACUGUGCUUGCUGGAAUGCCAGCUCAUGCCAAACAGAAGUUGAACCCUUACGCUGGACAAACUGCUCACAUUAACCGCUACCCAGUGAAGAAAGAUCAAGACAUUAGGUACAGACAAGUAACAACAGCCUACAAACCUAAUCCAAAUUAUGGUAAAGUACAUUACGCUCAGCAAAAGACUGGUAUAGCUCAUGCUGCUGUUUAUUCCAAGCCUAUCAAUUACAGUCCCCAUUAUGAGACAAGACACGCCUAUACUACAGAAGGGAAAUAUAACUAUGAAAAGGCUCACCAACCCAGUUACACUCCAUACCCUGCUGUAGAGCCAAUAUAUGCCGCACCACAAACUGGACCUACAGGUAUGUCAGGUAUGACAGCCUAUGGAAAUGAGAACACAAACUCAGUGGUCUACGGUGUAAAACCAGCAGCUGAAUCUGAUUUCAAACCUGUGUAUCCUUUUGAAGGUCAGUUCUACAGCGAGACAACUAGUAGUCCUGCUACGUAUCCACCGACUUCAAUGUACUUAGGUUCUAAUAAUGAAGAGCAAAAUCAGAACGAUAAAUAUGAUGACAAUACUAGUGACACUGAUAAUAGUGCUGAGUCUGGUGACAAUAAAUUUGUUGUUGGGAAUGUUCCCAAAGAGCUAGUGGAUUCAGCUACACCAGCAGUUGUACCAGAACAUGGACCCAGAAAGUUAAGGAAGAAGCGUAGCAUUUCGGGAUCAUUAGAAGAGCUUUUGGCUGAAAAGGAAAAUCACAAAGAUAUUUUUAUAAGCAAUGAGAUUGAUGAUGUUUACGCUCUCAAUAACCCGAUCAGAAAUCUAGCUCCAACUACCGAUGAUGUCACAGUUCUCCCUAAAGAUGUUACAACUGUUUUUGCUGUAUCUGAGCCGGCUAAGGAUACCAAAACACCCGACGCAAUAACUACUUCUAAAAUCGAAGUCGUUGAAAGUGUAUCAACGAUCCCAAUAAACAGCAAAAACGAUAAGACAACUGUCACAGAAAUGUCCAACGAUAUGGAAACGACGACCAAAUCGUUCAAAGUCUACGAAGUUUUCCCUUCAAGAAAUACUGAUGUAACCCAAAAGAACAGUUCUAUAUACUCUACGACUACUGAAAGAAGUAUGAUGACAGAAACGACAACUGACUUAAAAUCUGAAACGACAUCAACCAUGCCUUCGUUCCCCGUAACAACAGACAAGCCAGUGACUUCGAAGCCGUGGAAUGAUCCAGAAAUAGCUACGUACCCACCUUUGAAUCAACAAAGUAGUUUCUUUACUUUCUUACAACGACUUGUUGAUUUCAAAUUCAGGCUCGGUCUUGGCAUUCUUCAAACGACUGUUGAUGCAUUAAGUAGAUUUAGAGAUGACACGAUGCAGAAAGUCACUAAUGCAUCCCGUACGCAUAGAGGCUAGAUUCUAUAUUGAAACGUGCUCAACAAUAUUUGAGAAUUUUGUUCCAGUAUUGAGAUUUUUCAGUUAUUCGAAGCGUUUAGUUUUGAAUGAUAGAAAAAAGCAAACAUAGACAUAAUAAUGUAUGGUUAUUAACUCAUUUGUUCGAAUUAGUACUUUGUCUUACUAUCGACAAUUUUAGACUGAACAAUACUCAAUGAAUUGUUUUCUUUUGGAAAUAUUAAAGAAAACACUAUUUACGUAUAUUUUCAUUGAUCACAAUUUUUAUUGCAUUUAAUGUUAAAGUUUUACUAUUUUAAAUAAUUUUAAGUUAACUUUAAGUACAGGGAAUAUACUAAUAUACCUAAUUAUAUGUAUUGUUAUGUAAAAAAGACAUAAGAUUAUAAUUUCAGAAUGCUGUCCUCGGUAAAAAAUUGAGGGAAGCCUACUGAAUUUAUAUUGUGAUAAAAAUAUUUAGUUUUUCAUUUAGGCUAUUACUUACGAACAAUAUACCCUUAAAUAUAACGAAAAUAUGAUAUUAAAACUUCGAUAUCCCAGUAUUAAAAUUGAAAUCUGAAAUGGUAUUACACUUUGGCUACGCAUUAUAAACUCAAACGUACUAAACAUUUUGUAUGUUAUCACAUGUUUAUACAAACCGUCUGUGUAAAUAUUAAAAUAAAGACUUUUAGUAUA